AUGAUGUACGUGAUGUUUGAUAGACAGAAGGUUAAAUGGAUGGUGUCGAAAUUAGAAUUGAAGCAUACCCACCCGUGUUUUGCUAAGCAAUCUGUCCAUUACCACGAAUACAGAGAACCGACCAUGCAUGCUAAGUGUGUGAUUGAGGACAACGAUGAAGUUGACAUACUGCCCAACAAGAUGUACCUCGCACUGGCAAACAAGGUUGGUGGGUCGUCGAAUAUGAGUUACUCAAAAAAGGAUGUGAGAAAUUACAUUACAAGUAAUCUGCGUUGUGCUGACGAAAACGCUAAUGUUAAGGAAUUGUUGAGCUAUUUCUUGCGAAUGAAAGAUAUCAACCCAAAUUUAUUUUAUGCAGUAGAUGUCAACGCAGCUAACAAGUUUAGGAGUACGCUCUGGGUAGAUGCAAAGUGUAGGCUAUCCUACAAAUAUUAUGGAGACGUGGCGUCGUUUGAUACAAUAUAUAGUAGAAACAAAUAUGUGUGUGUUUGUGUAUCUAUUGAAAGGCAUAGACUACCAUUUAUAUCUUUUGUUCGUGUCAACCAUCACGAGAAGUCCACUAUGCUUGGAUGUGCUUUGCUGGGGAAUGAGAAAAUACGUAGCUUUGAGUGGGUCUUUACGCAACGGCUGAAGUGCAUGAGAACUGCUCCACAGGCCAUCAUCACGGACUAG